AUGUCCGUCCCAAAAUAUAACAGGCCAGUGAAAUAUAGUGAGUGUGACUGCCGGCCUAACGCCCCCCCCCCACCCCCCCCCCCCCCCCCCCUCUCCACAGGUUACCUGCGUUGUUACUACUACGCUGUCCGCAGUCUGAUCAACAUCGGGGGUCUUAUCGAACCCCAUACCGUGUUUGAGAUUACCUUUCAGAUGACUAACUUUUUCGUGGGCGUCUUUGUGUUCUCCAGUUUGAUUGGACAGAUGAGGGACGUCAUCGGUGCAGCCACAGCAGGACAGACAUACUUCAGAUCCUCCAUGGACGGCACUGUGGCCUACAUGGUGACCAAUCACAUCCCCUCUGAGGUGCAGAACCGAGUCCGCACCUGGUACACCUACACCUGGGACGCUCAGGGCAUGCUGGACGAGACGGAGCUUCUGGAAAGCAUGCCUCUGGUGAUGAGAACCGCCAUCGCUGUCGACAUCAACUUGACCACCUUCCAGAAGAUUGAACUUUUCAAGGGCUGCGACCAGCAGAUGUUGGUGGACAUGUUGCUGAGGCUCAAGUCUAUCAUCUAUUUACCCGGUGACUUUGUCGUAAAAAAGAUGCGGUCUCCCCGCCCUGGGCCCCCGGCCACCGGAGCGUCCGGCUGUCCCCCGGCGGGCGCGGUUACAGGGAUAACGGAGAAGUUCGGUCCAUCGGAAGCCGACUCGAGUGAACGCCUUCUUCACUUCGCGUCAAAGGAGCCAGUCGAAAGUGCCGGCACCUACGUUACCCCGCCGGAGCCACCGGGCCGCCCUCCUCUACGCGACCGGUGUAUUGCCAGCACGUCCAGCUGGGAAGAACACCAAGGUUGUUUUGACUUGCCAUGCUGCAGGGGGACAACUCGGGAAAAGAGAUGUACACUCAUCAAAGAGGAGCGUGAAGGUGUGGGGGUCCGCCCCAACAAGCAUUGUGUGUGUUUCACCCGAAGGCUGAAUGGUGUUUGGAGAAACCAGAUUCCAGACAAACCUGCUGCAGUAAAGGAACCACCCAGGAAAGAGGAGAGGUCAGCUAUAACAGGUGCAUUCCUGACUUACACAAAGUACAAACAAGAAUCACAGGAUCAACGCCACAAAGAGGAGGCCAUAGCUGAAUGGAUAGGCCGGACAGCCCUCCCACCACGGACAGUGGAAGACAAGGGUUUCAUCAAGAUGAUGGAAACAAUUGAUAAAAGACUCACCGUGCCGAAAAAAACUAAGAUCACAAACCUGGUGGAAAAAAUGUACCUGGCCGAAAAGGAGAAAUUCAAGCACAGACCCAUGGCACGCAAAAUAACUAUUGGCUUAGAUAUAUGGACUAAAAAGGGGCUCACAGCAUCUUUUCUUGCAGCUAUCGCUGCUCUUGUGGAGGAGAGUAAAGAAGAAUGGGGGAUCCCAAAAGAAAAGAUUCUCACCAUUAUUACGGACAAUGGAAGCAACAUGGUUGCUGCUUUUCAUUGCAACGCUGAAGAGGACUCCAGUUCUGAAGAGGAAAAUCUCCAGGAUAGUGAUGAGGAGGGAGAAGAAGACGAAAGGUACGAAACCUUGGAGAGAAGGACCCCCUGCGUGGUCCAUACCCUCCAGCUUGUUGUCAACAUGAUCCAGAAGGAACUCACAAUCAAACGACUGCUGGGCAAAGUCAGGCAACUGGUGAAACUGUUUCGAAAAUCAUCUGUUGCCACAGAGCGGUUGCUGCAACAGUGUGGACUCAUCCUCAUCACAGACUGUCCAACCAGAUGGUCCAGUACUUAUUUGAUGAUGUCCCGUGCUCUUGAAGUGAAGGACCAUCUUACCUCAGUAGCUGACUCCAUGAGCUGGGACAGCCUUCUACCCAGUGAGUGGCAGAAGGUAGCCAUUCUCAAAGAUUUGCUCGUUCCAUUUGCAGAACACACAAAGGUGCUUGAAAGUGACACAAAUUCCCUAUCCCUUGUUGUGCCUGCACUAUUGGACUUGAGGAAUCACCUGUCUGAGUUCUCCCUAGCGCAUGCAAGGAGCUACAGGGACGCAGCUACACUGGCACAGAAGAUGAGUGCAAAUAUGGAGCAACGCUUCAGCUGCUUCUUGGAUGUCACGGCCAACAAGUUCUCUCCCCUUGCUGCAGCUGCAUGUUUUGUUGACCCCGGUGUAUCGGCUGAAGCCAUUGUUGAAAACAAUGAUGAGGGAAUUCAGAAUCUUCUAAAAGUGGCGGAAGACUACAUCACUCGCAGUGUGCCACCAAGACUUCAAGUGGAAGAGCAGGUGAGUGAAAACGAGGAAGAGGAGAUUGUGGAUACAGUGGCUCCAGAGACGACCCAUUGCCCAAAGCGGCCUAGAUUUAGGUUUUUCAGCCCCAGUCGUCCAUCGAGGCCCAGGACCUCCGAGACCUCUAGUAUCAGGCAAGAGAUAAAAAAAUACAAAGAAGGGCUGUCCCAUGCUGCUAACACUGAGGAAUCUGGGAUGGAGUUUUGGAUCUCUCAGAGUAGCACUGUAUUUACACUUCUGAAACCUCUGGCCUUGGACCUUCUGGCAAUGCCAGCAUCACAAGCCUUUGCCGAACGUGUCUUCAGUGUAACCGGUGACCUCACAAGCGGCCGCCGCAACAGAGCAAGAACCACAUUGGAAAGAAGUGCUUUUCUCAAGCUAAACCAGGUGUAA